CGUUGCCACAGUAACCAUUUGUUUUGUUACAUUUGACAUUUGAGAGGCAGAAGACGUCGAAACUAAUACAUUUGGGGUUUCAAGUAACAAGUGGAAAAUGAUGUCUGGCCUGGACCGCAAUUCCCAGCAGGGUGUUGGACCCAGACUUGUUAGCAUUGAUGUUAUGCGGAACCACUCUGAGCUCUUCAGAGCAGAAUGCAAGAGGUUAAUGCUGGAAACUGACAAAGCAUGCAAACGCAUGCAAAAUGAUGACAACAAGCAACUUGAUCAGCGGGUCAGAGACAUCCAGUUUCUGAAGAAGGAGUUGGAGCUGAAGUUGGAGGAGAUUAUUGUGGAGAUUGAUGUCCUCAUAGCGUUGCAGAGCAGAGUGGGGAAAGCCUUGGAGGCCUGCAAAGAGCCUCUGAGAGUCACUGUGGUCUGUCUGGAGGAGAGAAUGAAACGUCUCCCUUCUGAGAGGCUACACGACGAGGUGGACAGAGAGCUGCUGAAGGAAAGGGAGGUUAUUGAGGGAGUGGCUUCUCUUCUGCAGAGAGUAGUAGAGCAGAUCACUGAGCAGAUACGAUUGGACCGAUCUGCCAAGUACCAGCUGGAGCAGGAUCUGAAGGAGAAAUUUGAGGCGCAGUGCAUCGACAACUCCUGUGCCUUAUUGACAACCCAUUCCAUCAACAACCUGCAGAUCACCAAUACUGUUAUGCCGAGCUUGGCAGUGACUCCAAAGCAGUGGGAGAACAUCUCAGAUCUCAUCAUGGCCAAAGCGGAGCAGCAGAAGAUAAACUCUUUGUCCCUACGGGCCCUGGUGGAGUCUCUCCUGGAGCAGACGGCUGCUGACAUGCACAAGCAGGUCCAGGCCACAGCAGCAGCCUUUAAGCGCAACAUUGAUGAGAUCAAGUCUGCCAAGAGCCAGAUGGAGGAUCAACUGGCCAAGAUUAUGUCUGAGUUUGCCAGCCAGCAGAGGAUCAGAGAGGAUCUGCAAGUGGCCAUCGCAGGGAGUGAACAUGCUCUGAGUUUGGCCCAGGCGCGGCUGGCUUUGCGGCGCCAGAGGCCUGGCAAAGAGCAGUGCUACGAUCCAGCACAGUCCCAGCUCUUUGCCGAGGUCCAGCAGCUCACCGCUCACAUCAACAAUCUGUGUGAGGCAGCGGCCAAGUCAGAGGAGGAGCAGAGGGCUCUGGAUCGCUGCCAGCUGGAGUUGCAGGAAAACAUUGAGAUGAAGGCCAGCUCUCUCUACAUUGACGAGGUCAUCUGCGCCCAGCACAAGGAGCCUAUUAUCAUACAUAACUUCUGAGGCAGUCAGCAACAGGAAAGGUAGAAAGGUCUACUGUACAUAGACCUAGAAAAGUACAUAUACCUUAAUAUAAAGGUCACUU